AUGUCGGACUUGCAUCGUUCCGCUAUGCUCAACAGAAUGCCUCACCUCCCAACUGUCUCGCCCUAUGCAGACGAUGAGGAGGAAGGUGAAGGCAAUGAAGAAGAAGAACAAGAAGAGAACGACUCUCUAGGCUCUCUGCCCUCCAUCUCUAAACCUCCUGGCACGAAAACAAGACACGUCCCCAACCCACAAUUCGCACCCAUCUCUGCCGCAGGCUACUUCUCCCAAGCAGCAGAAGUAGCCGUCCCCGCAUCUGGUCUGUCUUUCCGCGUCUACUACACUCCACCCGCACUUGCAUCAGGUGCAUCUCAGAGAGAUGGAACAGUGAUGGUGUGUCACCAUGGUGCGGGCUAUUCAGGUCUUAGUUUUGCGCUGUUCGCGAAAGAGAUUCAGGAGAGAACCAGGGGCGAAUGUGGCGUUAUGGCUCUAGACGCACGGAGACACGGUAUGUGCAUACAGCCACAUCCAAAUUCCAAAGAUGACUCCGAUCUAUCAAUCGAAGUCCUUGCAGAGGACGCAUAUAAUCUAUUUGCAACACUUUUUCCUAAUCCAGCGGAAGCGCCUACCUUUGUCCUUGUAGGGCAUAGCCUAGGUGGUUCCGUGCUAGUUCGAGCCUCUGCACGUCUCUUCUCGGCAAAAUACCGAUUAACGGGUGUCGCGGUGCUUGAAGUUGUCGAGGGAUUCACUCUCGAUGCACUUCCACACAUGCACACACUACUUGACACUCGACCAGACGGAUUUGAUAGCCUAGAAGAAGCUAUCGAGUGGCAUCUAACAAAUCACACAAUUCGGAACCAACUCUCCGCACGAAUUAGCAUUCCCUCACUCUUCGUGCCAAAUGAUUCUAAUACUGGACCCAAGUUCGUAUGGCGUACGCCACUCCGUUCAACCGCACCUUACUGGGAAAGCUGGUUCCGCGGAUUAUCGUCGUCCUUCCUCAGCGUACGCGCAGCAAGACUACUCAUCCUAGCAGGAACAGAACGACUAGAUAAGGAACUUAUGAUCGGCCAGAUGCAGGGCAAGUUCCAGCUUGUCGUCGUUCCCGACACAGGACACAUGAUUCACGAGGACAAACCGGAUCGUUUGGCUGAGAUACUUGUGGAAUUUUGGAAACGGAAUGAGAAGGUUGUGGUUGGUGUUAAGAAGGUUGGGGAGCUGUAG